AUGUUUGAGCCUCUUCGCAAAGAGCGUGUACCGUCGCGUGUACAGGGCAGUGAGGGUUAUGUUGCCUUUGCAAUACAUCCCGAUCCCACUUCUGCGGCUUUCAACUGGGGAUGCUGCAUUGUGACAAGCAAAUUGGAUCUUAUUUUUCACAGGGCACGUGAUGCUUCGAUGGGUCUUUCUCCGCCUGGAGCACGUGAAAAGAAAAAGACACCGUAUUUUUUUCGUCUUUCUUGUGAAUCAGGAAGUGUUGUGCCGGAGUACCCAAUUCAACCAGCAAAUGUAAUUGAUUACAUGUUCAGUGAAGGUAGCAGUGCAAAUAUGGAGCAGGGGGAGAAGCCGGCUGAUUUCGCAGAAUACAUGCCAACGGUCGCCAUACUUCUUCGCGUCUCCAGCACUGAAGUAAAUCUGCUGAUUCUUCGACCCGUGUUGCGUGGGAAGAAGGGGAAGGGAGUCGUCAUUCGAUACAGCACAUUGCUCCUACCAGCACCAGGGUGUGCACGAUAUGUACGGAUGGAUCACCGCGGUGGGGCCGUCUUUUUACUUGGCCCCUAUGUCUAUGAGUAUGACGGUAGGGUACAGUGCUACUCGCUUCAACUCGACGGUGAUAAACAGAUUAAAUCAUCGUUUCGAACAAUACUUUUGAUGGCAUUUGUAUCACCUACGGGGAAUAAAUAUACAACGGCAUCCACGCUGGCGGGUACUCAACUGAUUGUGUGGGCCUCUUUGCGGAGGCCAUUAUGUCAUGUGUCGGAUAAUUCACGCGUUCUUUUUGUGGACCUGAUGUUUCUUACCGAUCGUGGGACAGCAAUGGUAUUUCGUGUGAGUCUCGAUGAAGAGAAUAGAGAGUCUCAUGCCACCUGCAUUUGGUUUAGCCAUUUGCUUCAAAAUAAUUUUUUUAAACACACACAUAUCCCUCUUGGGGUGAUAGAACGCUGGAAGACAACGUCUUUCUUUGCACAUGCCAUAGAUGAGGUGAGAAGAGCCUUUGGAAAAUCUUUGGAAGAAAACACGACGGUAGACUUGAAUCCGGUUUCAUCUGCUAUUCCGAUUUUUUCCGUGAGUCCCACUGGGACUGUACUUUGUGUGGUUAUACCAACUGAAAAAAAAGUAUGUUUAAUAGCCCUUGGCUGUAAUGCCAAAGCGUCUGCUACGACGUCAUGUUCAUCUGUUUGUGUCGCAACACCUCCAAGUGUGACAAUUUGUGAUGUCGCUUGGGUCGCUGGUUCGUUGUGUGGCUUUCUUCUUCUCGGUGUCUCUAAGCAGAUGGAACAAUCGAAAGCAAUGCUGUUUUUUCUUCCAUUGACAGGACAUAUGCCGUUGCGCAUUCAUUUGGAUCGGGCCCAUGCGUCAUUUCUUACAUCAGAUGGUGGGAUAUUUUCAUUUUUUUCAAUUGAGCGCUCGCAAGAUGUGUUUGGCACCACCCAGCUGCAUCUUUCACUGUAUCAUCGUUCAGGUUCUCAUGGGGAAGGGAAUGAAAAUGAGGUACGGACGGGACUUCUCUCUCUUCCCACAAUAGCGUCGUUCGGUCCAAUGCGUUCUCCGUUACAUGUAAUGCACAUAAUCUAUUUUACCGGUUUAGCAUCGUUUGCUUUCGUCCAUGACAGGACACCAAUUACGUCAGCAUUGGAAAAGGCUGAGAGCACCGCCACUGGCGAUGAGGGAAACGCACAGAGUCGUAUUCCGCAUAAGUUUGCUGCAGAUGACGAAGUGCAGGUUUCGGUGGAAGCGACACUCGAGUCUUUUCUUGACCCCUGGCUUCAUACAGGAAUUGAGGGUUCGGCGUUUCCUCUUUGCGAUGUUAUGCACGAGAUCAUUCCGUCGUUACUUGAAGACAUGGAACACAGCCGUGUCGCUUCGGCUGCUUCUCAAACAGGCGAUGGUGGAAAUUGUGCGGCACUUUUGUCCAUUUUUCGGGCUGUGGCCGAUGUGUUGGCCGCAGUGUCCGUGACGCUCACUUCUUCCAUUUUGCGGCGCUAUCUUGCAGAGAUUCAUGGGGUCGUGGUGAUGUUGCGAUACGUUCUAACUGUUAUUGGACAAAGUGGCGCCGUGUCAGCAUGUUUCACUGCGGUGGCGUUUUUGACGCCACUUGUUGACAAGAAUGCCGCAGGUGAAUUGAGCUGUCCGGAGUGGUGUGCCAUUAUUGCGCCGCUUUUUGAUGAUGCAUUUGCACAUGUGGCUUCAUGUCCAUCGCUUGCACACGCACUUCUGCCGUACUGUAGCGCACCGUUGCAGCACAUAAUGUCCACGGGGGAGUCUCUUUUGCGGCGUGAGAAGAAGCGGGAGCUGAAAGCUGAUAUCCCACAUGUUUCCGUGUAUCACAACGGGGAAGUGAUUCGUCCUCUUGAAGAAACUCUCUCACUUGCGCGUAGAGGGAAUUCGGGUUUGGUGAUGCUCUCAGCUGCGGAUGUUUGCUGGGCAGCACGUCGUUUGUUUUUUUGUGAUGGCGUUGAUGCCGCGCGCGCGUUUCUCAAGACAGUUGUGGAUUUUCACUUGUCCAAUCCGGAUGUACGCGCCGUGUGCACGGAGUACGACGUGGUUCAGAAGGAACUGGCUGCAGUGGUAAACUGCAUUUAG